AUGCUUAGCCUCAAUUCCGGCAUGUAUUCGCUGCUAGCCCAUAUUUUCUUGGGAUUUGCUACAGCAGCCGACGGCACCCAUUACACUAGCCCAUUUGUACCACCACCAAACGCUGAAGGUAUUGGAUGGGAUGCUGCAUUUGCCAGAGCUGAACGCCUUGUGUCGAAUUUGACGCUGGAACAGAAAGUUUCGCUUGUGACUGGCUUUUAUGGUCCAGGCGGGUGCAAUGGGAAUAUCGCAGCCGUUGAAUCUAUAGGAUUCCGUGGAUUGUGUCUUCAAGAUGGUCCAGUAGGCAUUCGUCUCGCCGAUCUGACAAGCACGUUCCCUGCCGGCUUAACGGCAGCUGCAACCUGGGAUCGUACUCUUCUCUAUGAUCGUGGCAGAGCUAUCGGUUCUGAAUUCCGUGGUAAAGGGGCCAACGUGAUGCUCGGGCCUUCGGCGGGACCAAUGGGUAGACAUCCAUUGGGAGGUCGUAAUUGGGAAGGCUUCUCCCCAGACCCAUACUUGACAGGUGUAGCAAUGUCUGCUUCUAUCCAAGGCAUACAACAUGAAGGUGUUCAAGCAUGCGCCAAACACUUUAUCGGCAAUGAACAGGAGACAAAUCGAGGAGGUGUUAAUGUUGAUGGGAAAGCUGUUGAUGCAAUUUCAUCAAAUAUUGAUGAUCGCACGAUGCAUGAAUUGUACCUGUGGCCAUUUGCUGAUGCGGUAAAGAGUGGCGUGGCGAACGUCAUGUGCAGUUACAAUCGCGUCAAUCAAACUUACUCGUGCGAGAACUCGAAGUUACUCAAUGGACUGUUGAAGACCGAACUUGGAUUUCAAGGCUAUGUGGUGUCUGAUUGGUAUGCUACCCAUUCAGGCAUGAAAGCGAUUGAGGCAGGGUUGGAUAUGAACAUGCCUGGCCCCAUUACCGAUGCCGACCCCAUGGCGUUGACGAGCUAUUUUGGAAAGAACACCACGGCGGCGGUCAGAAACGGCUCUCUUCCUCUCACUCGGGUCAAUGAUAUGGCACAUCGAAUCCUUACCCCUUAUUUCUACCUCCAACAAGACAAGGACGAUUUUCCGACGGUCGAUCCCUCGACUAUAUAUGUUCUGUUACAAACGUAUGGUUAUUCCCCAGAGCUAAUCGGUUUGCCUCCAGCACCUCCGGCACGAGAUGUGCGAAGCGACCACAAAAGCUUCAUCCGCAAAAUGGGUGCCGCUGGUGUAGUCCUAUUGAAAAACACUAACGGCGCGCUUCCUUUGCGCAAUGUGUCCAAUAUUGGAGUUUUCGGUAAUGGCGCUGGCGACCCUUCAGAGGGACUUUAUUUCGAGGGUACUAAAGCUGGUAGUACCGGGCUUGGGUUUGAGUACGGUACUCUCUCCGUGGGUGGAGGUUCUGGCACGGGUCGAAGCACUUACAUCCUCUCACCGCUUCAAGCGCUUCGAGAACGGACGAACGCACGCAUUCAACUGAUUCUCAACAACGAGUUCAUUGCCGGCGGUGAUUUGAGCAGUAUCUUUCCUAUCCCUGAAGUCUGUCUUGUUUUCCUCAAAACCUGGGCUUCUGAAGGUUAUGAUCGCUCUGAGUUCGAAAAUAACUGGAACUCCACGGCGGUAGUCAAUACUGUAGCAGCUAAAUGCCCAAACACUAUUGUGAUCACGCAUUCCGGAGGCGUCAAUACUAUGCCAUGGGCAUCCAACCCCAACGUCAACGCUAUACUAGCAGCUCACUACCCCGGCCAAGAAAGCGGAAACUCAAUCGUGGAUAUCCUCUACGGUGAAGUCAACCCGUCUGGUCAUCUUCCAUAUACCAUCCCAAAGAACGAAAGCGACUACGACAUCCCUAUCGUUAAUAUCACCGGUGACGCGGCGACAGACUCUUCAGCUUGGCAGUCCGACUUUACUGAGGGCCAGUUGAUUGAUUAUCGCCAUUUCGAUGCUAAGAAUAUCACUCCGUUGUAUGAAUUCGGGUUCGGACUGAGCUAUACCACUUUUGACAUCACUGGGCCACUUGAGAUCAACAAAGUCGGCAGUAUCAAUUCCUCGUUCCCAGAUCCUACUCGGAAGAUAGUCCCAGGUGGAAAUCCAGACCUUUAUACCACCCUAUUCGAAGCCAAAGUCAACGUCACUAACACAGGCAAUCUUACCGGUGCGACGGUGGUGCAAUCAUAUCUUUCAUUGCAAGGUACAGAUGUUCCGGCGGGCACACCCGUACGAGUGCUCAGAGGGUUUGAGAAGUUGGCCCUUAAUCCGGGGGGUUGGGCGGUCAUCAAUUUCCCGUUGACGAGAAGAGAUGUUAGUUAUUGGAAUGUGGAAAGGCAGGAUUGGCAGAUUCCGAGGGGGCAGGCUACUGUUAGUGUUGGGUUUAGUUCGAGGGAUUUGAGGGUGAUGGAGAGGGUUGGGUUGAUGUGA